CUCCUCAGUUGAGUAUUCGUUGGAUUUACUCAUUAUCAACUUAACCAGCUCUUUACUGUUAUACCGUUUUAUAUCCUACACUGAAGCCGCAGCUCUAUCAUCCUUGCAACCAUGAAGCUCUUAUCAACCGCCGCGACAUUCCUCCUCUGCGUUGCGCCCUUCUCUGCUACUGCCCGGUCUUUGGACUUCUUUGGUUCCCAGACGCCGAUUAAGGCAGAAGGGAAGCAUGUGGAGGGAGAAAACCCGCUCGAGUACUGCAGUGACCCUUCUAGCUAUAUCUUGCAAAUAGAGAAGGUGGACCUGUCGCCUAAUCCUCCUCUCCCUGGACAGACUCUCACUAUCGAAGCCAAGGGUACCUUCAAUGAGAAAAUUGAAAAGGGUGCUUAUGUGCUCUUGGAGGUCAAAUAUGGCUUAAUUACUCUGGUCAGACAGAGAGCCGACCUGUGCGACCAGAUCGUCAACGUUGAUCUCGAGUGUCCUCUAGAGAAGGGUGAGAUGGCAUUGACCAAACAGGUCGAUCUGCCCAGCCAGAUCCCUCCGGGCAGAUACACGGUGCACGCCGACGUUUACACUGCAGAUGACAGACGGAUUACCUGUCUUGACGCACCCAAUGUCGUGUUCAAGAGAAACUUCCUCUGAUAGCUGACUGGCUAUGUCUGAGUACGAGGUCUCUUGAUGCCGACUCUCUACUGUUAACGCUGAAUGUCCUUUGGUCUCUUCGCCUAUAACGAGUUGACGUUGCGCCUAUAAGCUGAUUUCUCAUUCCUUCCCCCGGCUUAACCUUCAGUCCCAAGCCUCACUGUGAUAUUCCAAAGCCCACGAUAGCCAGGUUUCAUGCUUUACCAUCGUUGCUGUAAACUUUUCGUUGCGCUACAUCUGCGGCGUUCGGAGCAUCAGCUCAAAGAUACAUUGUAGUACAUCCUUAUCACCGUUCGUUCUUUUUUACUGCUCAUUGACACUAAUCAGCAUCUGUACCAAGAUUGCAUUCGGAAAAUCAAUUCAAUGCUACUUAGCCUGCCAGUUAAUGGCCAUAAUGAAUAGCGUUGUGCAGAAUUUCUUGGGGAUGUUUUAGCAAAAUUGGAAGCGUAAAGCUCUAUGUGCAUGAAUGAUAUAUUUG